UUUUUAUCGCUGACAAGUCGAACCAACAAAAAUGGUCUGAUUGCUGCCUUGGCAACCGCAGCCUCAAAACUUUAUUGAAAUAGAACUACGGCGAUAACAGUCGAAGCGAGUGUUCUGAUCGAACUAAAAGUAUCAUCUUAGUCCCUUGCAUUAUUUGGUUUACCUUAACUUAAUUUCCCUAUAGAUCAUCAAAGUCGAAAUGGCUGCUGACAGUAGUCUUCGGUAUUUGGCAAUCGCCAAUAUGAUUGAAGGCUGCAUCGUCGUUUUACUGCAGUUGGCUGUUUUAAUUACUCUUCACGAUUGGGUGGAUUGGAUUUGCAUUGGUUUCUGGGGUGGAGGACUUAUGGUGUUGGCCGGAAUGUGGGCUCUCCAGAGAAGCAAAAAGAAAAUGAUUCCAACAGCAGCUCUAGCCAUAUUAGGUGCCCUUUGUAUGAUUGGAUUCUAUUCGUGGAACGUCUCGGUCAUCGACUGUGACGACUACGACAGACCCGACAAAUCUAAAGGCAAUUGGGAAGAAGAAAAUCCUGAACUUUGUCAAUGGCGAGUGGCGUCCGAUAUCCUGUUCAUCAUCUUUGGAUGUUUAGCGGUUGCCACCAACAUGUUUAUGGCGGCUAAAGCCUCGAUGAUCGUAGGAAGUCAUCCGAGACGUAGUUCGCAUUCGUCACACUCCAGUCAUCAUCCUCGUCCGGCAGCUCAUGCUAUGGCUCAUGUCCAACCUCCAGUUGCUGUUCACCAUCACACGACGUACGUCACUCCAACAGCCACGUAUCCAGCACCUUAUCCGGAUCAGCAUCAGAUGGUACCUACUUAUCCGCCUCAGCAAGUCAGCUAUCCGGCUUACCCAGGACAACCUGCUGUCCAACAUCAAGCUGCGUACAAUCCAGGCUAUCCAGCACCACAAGCUCCUCCCUAUUACAAAAACUGAGUGGCUUAAAUAGAACACUGCACAUUCUAGUGAUGUAUUCGUAACUCAUUGUCGUUCACUUGGCCGAGACUUAGAAAGAACUUUCUUCUGUUUGCCACGUAGUGCGGCUGUUUUCUCAGAAUUGAAUAAUGGCGCGAUUUAGUUCGCAUAUUCAACUGAAACGUUUUUUAUUUUUUGCAGAUUACAUUUCAUUGCCAGUGAUAAGCCAGUGAAUCAUCCGUAUGUCAGAAUGUCUGUCGCAAUAUACAGACACGGAAUUCUUUGAAA